AAAUGUGAUAACCAAGCUCAUUGCUUCCCUUAUUCUUUGCCUGUAGCAAGCCCUCUGUCUUUCACAUACCGAAUCCGAUACGAAAUGGCUUCAAUGAAAAUUGUUCUCUGCUGUGCCAUGGUAGCUUUGGCUAGUGGCUUGUACGCUAAACAAGGCUACAACAAUGGCGGAUACAAUGGUGGUAGCAGUGUCUACAACAGUGGUAGCAACAGCUACGACAGCGGAAAGGGCUACAACAGUGGUAGCAACAGCUACGACAGCGGAAAGGGCUACAACAGCGGAAGUGGAUACGACAGCGGAAAGGGCUACAACAGUGGUAGCAACAGCUACGACAGCGGAAAGGGCUACAACAGUGGUAGCAACAGCUACGACAGCGGAAAGGGCUACAACAGUGGUAGCAACAGCUACGACAGCGGAAAGGGCUACAACAGUGGUAGCAACAGCUACGACAGCGGAAAGGGCUACAACAGUGCUAGCAACAGCUACGACAGCGGAAAGGGCUACAACAGUGGUAGCAACAGCUAUGACAGCGGAAAGGGCUACAACAGUGGUAGCAACAGCUACGACAGCGGAAAGAGCUACACCAGCGGAAGUGGAUAUAACAGCGGUAGCAACAACUACGACAGCGGAAAGGGCUACAACAGUGGUAGCAACAGCUACGACAGCGAAAAGGGCUACAACAGCGGAAACGACCAAACCUACAAUGGAGGAUCUCUGUAUUGAGUACCCCAUCAGAGAGAUGUACAGAUUGUCAUGCUCGCUGGCCACGCCUACUACAGCUCAGCUGAUGAACGCUUGGUUAUGAUGAUACUAGUAGACAAAAUAAAGAUUCUAGCACUAUA